CAGCGUUUGUGUUCUUUGUUGUCGUCCAUGGUCAUGGCUAUGUUUGUGACCAUGCAAGCCACUGCUAUAUAAUACGACUUGGCUCGUAUUGAUCUCGACCUCCACAUUAUACCACGACCAUGCCCUACUCGCAGUACCCGAACAUCGGUCUCCCGGGCCACCCCCUCCCGACCGCGCCAAAGUCGUCUGCCCCUACAAUAUCGCAUGAUACCCCGGGAUUCGGCUGCGAUUCCUGGAAUGUCUAUAAGCACCCUGGGACCAAGAAAAUCUACUACUACGAGCCCCACCGGCACAUCAUCACCUCGGACAUCAUCAACGACGUCAACCUCCGGGUCCGAGUGCGCAUCGCGAUGCAAGCGGCGCAGGACGGCAUCAGGCGCUGGCAGCCCGAUCUACCUGACCACAUCAAGCACCUGGAAGGCUGCGAUGUUCUGGUGAACAACGGCGUCCCUCGAAUCAUACUAGCUUGGGAGCGCCAGGAGCGCUACGACUUCCUCAGCUACGUUCCGGGAUCGCACGACACGCGUGUCGUUAUGAAGCAAACGAAGCUCGACUUCUGGGCCACGGUGGAGAUGUACCCUUGCCACCGCGACCUCCCCAAAGGCGCGGAAAGCACCGUAGUCGAGGGUCUUAAACUCCAAAGAUCCUCGCUGGCAUCUGCGGUCUUGGACCAUGACUCAAGAGUCAUGGAUUGUUGGAAGGGGUACAACGACCUAGUGAGGCAGAUACCGCCUCCGUUGCAAAGUCCGGAGUGGUGGCGGGUGAAGCACCUGCUUGCAUAUCAUGUCGCCUAUCUUUCGAAGAUAUGGUAUGGCGUACAGAAACUCUGAGCAUGCCAGUUGUCGCAUAAACUGUCCGCGAGUCUGUAGUCAGCGUGGAGUACUUGACGACAGGUCGAGGGAGGGGAUCAUUGUGGGCAAGCCAGCCUUGGAUUCGGAUUACUUUUGCCACAUAGUCACUUUAUAGUUACUGAACUGGAAUUGCCGGUCGUUAUGUCUAGAUUUU